AUGCCCAAUAGGCCAAUGUGGGCAGGAUUGUCUGACGACCUGCUCCUGUCAGCAAGGUUUCGGGUUGAUGGGACCUGCGAAUGCGCACCUGGGUUUACCGGAAAUGAUUGCUCACAGACGUGUCCGUCCGGUUUCUAUGGUAACCUGUGUCAGUCGCGCUGUCCCGCGCAGUGCGGGGUUUCUUGUCAUUUUGUCGACGGAUCAUGUAAUUGUCAGAACGGGACGCCAUGCAAGUGUCCCGCAAAUUCUGCCGGAAGAACCACAAAAUGUCUGUCGACGUGCGGGUGUCUCAAUGGCCUCUGCGAGGACAACAAGUCCUGCACGUGCAGUUCGGGCUGGGAAGGUGCAAAGUGUGAUACACACUGUCCGCCAUUGACGUUUGGCUCUGACUGUUUCGGUGUGUGCACGUGUCAGUUCGGAAGCUGCAAUCCCGUUACUGGUGAAUGUAUGUGCGCAAGCGGAUAUACGGGGCUGAGGUGCGACCAGCCGUGCACUAACAACACUUUCGGACCAAACUGUGAAUUCAAAUGCCCGGAUUGCGGAAUAUUUUCGCUGCCCGGAUGUGACUUCAUAACUGGGGCAUGCGCAUGUAUUACCGGAUAUACCGGACCUACAUGCAGACGACCAUGUCAUACUAACACAUACGGCGAUGGAUGUUCUAAAAUAUGCAAUUGCCAGAACAAUGGGGUGUGUGACAACGUGUCCGGGAAAUGCUCAUGUCCACCGGGAUUCACGGGCGAAACUUGUCUGUCCGUGUGUCCGACUGGUUAUUAUGGGGACAAAUGUGCGAAACAGUGCAGCUGUGGUCCCUAUGGCGCCGGAUGUACUCCAGAUGAGGGACUGUGCAUGUGCCAACCGGGGUUUACUGGCGUUAAAUGCCGUGAGAGCUGUCCAGUCGGAAUGUAUGGAGCUAAAUGCACGUCUCCCUGCCUGUGCGAUUCUACGACGUCAUUGUGCAGUCCUGCGGACGGAACCUGUACGUGUAAUUCCGGCUAUACAGGAGCCGCGUGCCAAAGUGAAGUCAUAAUCUGCGAGCAUGAUUCGGGCUCACUCACAUGUCCAUCCGGGUAGACAAUAAAGGUCGUCAACGCAAACUACGUUCGGACGGAGAUGAGCCCAUGUGAUGACCCACGAAUCUUAACCACGGAGUGCGUUCUUCCCUCCAGCCUUGAGAAGGUCCAGGCAACUUGUGACGAACAAGAGAGCUGCCAACUUGCGGCUAACAGUGUUUUUUUUUCGGGCAAGACCCGUGUGAGAACACAUACAAAUACCUUCAGGUGCUGUAUACCUGCAUCUAAACCCUUUCUUGAUUCGCCCUCUAAUGGACUCAAACAAUACAAUUUGAUUUUUUUUCGAAUCUCCGCCUUUGGCAAAAUCAUAAUAACAUUCAAAUGAGUUUAUUGUUUAAAAUUCCAAUUAAUAUAUAGCACAUGCGUAUUAUUUAUCAAAUGUAGUCUUUUUAAAUAAAAUUAAUUUGAAUACGCACACAUCAGAUUAAUUAUAUUUACCUCGACCUCUAAAUACGGAAUCUUUUUAAAAGAAAUUCGAUUAAUAAAAUCGAACAGAAUCCAUAACGGUAAAACAACAGUAAGGAAUGCGGAAGUAAUUUUUUAUCGUUUCUAACAUUUGUCUUUCUAAUUUAAUACUUAUUCGCAUACGAUUAAAAAGUAGCGUU